AUGCCUAUUUCACUUUGUAUCAAACAAACUGUUCUAGAAACCUAAUAAAUUCUGGAGAACACUCAAAAAUAAACCGCUAUGAGAAAAAUGAUCGAUUUGAGCAGACACUCAUUCUAUUUGGUGCCAAACCCCCUCCACAAAAGUUCUUAGAAGACAAAAGCUAUAUAAAAAUAUCAAUAAAAUUAUACCUAGUUAGCGAAAAUCAAGUGCAAAAAUCACUAAUGUAAACUUAACAAGCUGAGAAAAUUCAAAAUGAUUCAAAAAAUUCAUCAUCAGAAAGAGCUCGCUUUAUCAGAUUCAUAUUUGUCUAGAUCAAUAUAUGACCAAUGUAAUAAACAAUCAUAACUAGAGAACAGCUAAUAGAGGAAACUUGACUCUUUAAAAAGCUAAAUAUUCCACAUUUUUAACCUUUAUCUAAGACUAAAGAAGACAUUCAACUUUACCCUUAAUACAAUAUUCCACGCUAUCAUUCUUUUCAAAAGGUUCCUUCAUUAAGUAACUCUAUCAGAGACUAAAGAAAAUGAGUCUUUUGACUUCAAUUUAAGAGAUUAAAAUCAACUCAGAUUAGUCGCAUUAACUAUAUUAUGUCUGGCCUCAAAGUAUCAGGAAAGAGUAGCUUUUAAAGUUUCUGAACUUGCCAAUAAAAUUGGACUUCUCUAAUCUGUAUCACCAGCCACACCUGUUGACUUUAGACUUUUCGAAUUUAAAAUCCUUGCUGUCCUCGAUUUCAAUUUGACCAUUGUCAAUUUCUAUGACUUAAUCAGAAAGAUGUAAAAUUAACUUUCUCAAUUAAGAAUCCUAUCAGAAAAUUAAAGUUCAAAACUAUUAGACAUCAGCCUUCAUCUAUGUUUACUAAAUCUGAUUUCAUGCACAUGUUUGAACAUCUAAUUUUCGCCUUAAGAAAUAGCAGCCUCAGCUGUUUACAUGGCUAUCAAACUAAUGGAAAAGAAGCAUCCCGAAAUCAGAAUUAUCAAUAGGGAAACAUUCAAUCUGAUACUUUAAGAAUCCGAUUGCAUAAACGAAUAAAAUGUUCUUUAAAGUGCUGGUAUAAUUCUUCAGACAUUCUAAGGUGCUCUUGUUGAGUUUUGCCAAUACCAAGAGAUUAUAAAGGAACACUAAUCUAUAGUCUCGACUAUUUGA